AGAAAUUCAACAAAUUCAUCUACUUUAUCGUGACGGAGACGACUCAUACUACGCAGGAAAAAAAUGGCGGAUUCCGUCGAGCUCCCGUCUCGUCUUGCAAUCCUUCCUUUCAGGAACAAAGUUCUGUUGCCUGGCGCUAUUAUUCGAAUUCGAUGCACUUCUCCUCGCAGUGUGAAACUGGUGGAACAAGAGUUAUGGCAGAGAGAAGACAGGGGAUUGAUUGGGGUUCUCCCUGUGCAGGAUUCUGCAGAGACUACUACUUUUGGACCUAGCUUAACUCCAGGCGUGGCUACUGAUCCAGUGGAGCGUACACUGAAAAGUCACGGUCUCAUGUCAGAUGCUAACAAACAAGAUGGAAAAAGUCAGCAUGAAGUUAUUCACUGGCAUAAUAGGGGGGUUGCUGCUCGGGCUCUUCAUCUAUCAAGAGGGGUAGAGAAACCGAGCGGGAGAGUCACUUACAUAGUCGUGCUCGAAGGACUGUGCAGAUUCAGUGUGCAGGAGCUGAGCACACGAGGAACAUAUUAUACAGCAAGGAUUACUUCUCUUGAUAUGACCAAGGCUGAGAUGGAACAAGUCGAACAAGACCAGGAAUUCAUUUCAUUGUCUCGCCAGUUUAAAGCCACUGCAAUAGAGCUUAUUUCUGUCCUUGAACAGAAACAAAAAACUGGUGGGAGGACAAAAGUUCUUCUGGAAACAGUUCCAGUACACAAGCUGGCAGAUAUAUUUGUUGCUAGCUUUGAGAUUAGUUUUGAAGAGCAGUUAUCUAUGCUGGACUCUAUCGAUGUCAAAACAAGGCUAUCCAAGGCCACAGAGCUAGUUGAUAGGCAUUUACAAUCAAUUCGCGUUGCUGAGAAGAUCACUCAAAAAGUUGAGGGGCAGUUGUCGAAGUCUCAAAAAGAGUUUUUGCUUAGACAGCAGAUGAGGGCUAUUAAAGAGGAACUAGGUGAUAAUGAUGAUGAUGAAGAUGAUUUGACUGCCCUUGAGAGGAAGAUGCAAGAUGCAGGAAUGCCUGCAAAUAUAUGGAAACAUGCUCACAGGGAACUAAGGACACUAAAAAAAAUGCAGCCUCAGCAACCAGGUUAUAAUAGCUCCCGUGUGUACUUGGAGCUUCUUGCAGAUCUUCCCUGGCAGAAGGCUAGUGAAGUUCAUGAACUAGACUUAAAGGCUGCAAAAGCGCGUCUAGACAAUGACCACUAUGGUUUGUUCAAGGUUAAGCAGCGGAUCAUAGAGUACCUAGCUGUUCGCAAGCUCAAAGCAGAUGCAAGAGGUCCAAUAUUGUGCUUUGUUGGCCCACCCGGUGUUGGAAAGACAUCUUUAGCUACAUCUAUUGCUGCUGCUUUGGGCAGAAAAUUUGUACGCAUAUCUCUUGGAGGUGUCAAAGAUGAGGCUGAUAUAAGAGGGCAUAGGAGGACUUAUAUUGGUAGCAUGCCAGGACGUCUAAUUGAUGGACUAAAGAGAGUAGGUGUUUGUAAUCCUGUCAUGCUGCUGGAUGAAAUUGACAAGACUGGUUCUGACGUGCGGGGGGAUCCUGCAUCAGCACUUCUGGAGGUCCUUGAUCCUGAACAGAACAAUACUUUCAAUGAUCAUUAUCUGAACGUGCCAUUUGACCUCUCAAAAGUAAUAUUCGUGGCAACUGCAAAUAGGAAGCAGCCUAUUCCUCCUCCACUCUUGGACAGAAUGGAAGUCAUUGAAUUGCCUGGAUAUACACCAGAAGAAAAACUUAGAAUAGCUAUGCGCCAUUUAAUCCCAAGAGUUCUUGAUCAGCAUGGCUUAAAUUCUGAUUCCCUUCAAAUUCCUGAGGGUAUGGUGAAGCUUGUUAUCCAAUGGUACACUAGGGAAGCUGGUGUACGUGAUCUGGAGAGGAACUUAGCAGCUUUAGCCCGUGCAGCAGCUGUCAGAGUGGCAGAACAACAUACUUUGACUCUUAGCAACAACAAUAUGCAAAGGCUUACUUCACCACUUCUCGAUACCAAACUUGCUGAGAGUGCUGAAGUAGAAAUGGAAGUCAUUCCAAUGGGUGUCAAUAAUCAUGACAUCUCAAAUGCAUUUUGCAUUGCUUCACCUCUAAUGGUUGAUGUGCCUAUGCUGGAGAAGGUGCUCGGACCCCCUAGAUACAAUGAUCAAGAGACAGCAGAACGAGUUGCUUCCCCUGGCAUAGCUGUUGGUUUAGUCUGGACAGCAUUUGGGGGAGAGGUGCAAUUUGUUGAGGCGACACACAUGGUGGGAAAAGGAGAACUUCAUCUUACAGGGCAACUAGGUGAUGUUAUUAAAGAAUCUGCUCAGAUUGCACUGACAUGGGUACGCUCUAGAGCAACUGAACUAAUGCUGUCUACUUCUGAAGAGAGAAGUAUUGUAGAAGGCCGUGAUAUUCAUAUUCAUUUUCCUGCUGGGGCUGUACCCAAGGACGGACCUUCCGCUGGGGUAACUCUGGUUACCUCACUUGUAUCAUUGUUCAGUCAAAGGAAAGUAAGAUCGGAUACAGCAAUGACUGGAGAGAUGACCCUAAGGGGAUUAGUGUUGCCUGUUGGUGGUAUCAAGGACAAGGUUUUGGCUGCCCAUCGUUAUGGCAUCAAAAGAGUGAUCCUACCAGAGAGGAACCUGAAAGAUUUGGCCGAAGUCCCAGCAAAUGCACUUUCCAGCUUGGAGAUACUAGUCGCUAAGAGGAUGGAAGACGUGUUGGAACACGCAUUCGAAGGCGGUUGCCCGUGGAGGAAACACUCAAGAUUAUGAUAUGUAUUUCAUCUAUAUAUAUAUAUAUAUAUAUAUAUAUAUAUAUUUAUAUAUAGAGAGAGGUUGUGCAUAUUUAUACACACACACACAUUAUAAAAGUUAUACUGUAACAGAAAAACAAGUCGAGUAUUGACCAACCUGCAGCAGGGGAAAAUCUAUGGUAAGGAAGUGAAACGUUUAAAAACAGAAGCAAAUUUGGAAUCCAUAUGAAUGUGGCGUUGUAAUUUGUAAAAGGAAAUGUGGGUACGUAUUUGCUCAUGUUCUUAAUAUGGGCAUGCAUGUAUGUAUGUAUAAUACUGUAUGAUCAAAGACGCAUGAAUGAAUGAAUGCUUGAUUG